GUUAUUUUUCAUGCCAUCUAUACUUGGUCCAUCUUCGAUAUUUAUUUUCGCUCGCCGCUUGUUCAUGGCAUGGAGCAUGUCGAACCGCUGACACCCGCUCCUGCAAAACGACUGCUUCUUCUUGUUGCUGAUGGAUUACGUGCAGAUAAGCUUUUUGAAGAUGGAAUGAAGCGUGCACCAUUUUUAAAGACUAAAGUCACAGAAGAAGGUCGAUGGGGCAUUUCGCAUACACGAGUACCUACUGAAUCAAGACCUGGACAUGUUGCAUUGAUUGCUGGGUUUUAUGAAGACGUGAGUGCUGUCACAAAAGGAUGGAAAACCAACCCAGUAAAUUUUGACUCGGUGUUUAAUCAAAGCCGACACACUUGGUCAUUCGGAUCGCCUGAUAUUUUACCCAUGUUUGCAUUUGGUGCUAGUGAACACUCUCGAGUUGAUACGUAUAUGUAUUCUGCAGAACACGAAGAUUUUGGAAAAGAUGAUGCGAGCUCUCUGGAUACCUGGGUAUUUGAUCAUUUCGAUGCUUUGUUGGAAUCUUCAAAGACAAAUAGCACUUUGUUUGAGCUACUUCACAGUGAUAAAAUUGUGUUUUUCUUGCAUCUGCUUGGAUUGGAUACAAGCGGGCAUAGCCAUCGACCAAACUCUCCAGAGUAUUAUGCAAACAUUGAGUUGGUGGACAAGGGAAUUCAGGUUGUAGAAAACAAGCUAAAGGCCUUUUACAAUGACGAUAAGCGUACAGCUACUGUUUUUACUGCAGAUCAUGGCAUGGGGAACCGAGGAGUACAUGGGGAUGGACACCCAGAUAAUACAGAAACACCGCUGAUUGCAUGGGGUGCUGGAAUUGCCACUCCUGAUACCAAGCAUCCCAAAGGGAAUGAUGCGGUUUCCAAACAUUGGGGUUUUGGGCAUCUGCAACGAAACGACGUGCUUCAAGCUGAUAUUGCACCUCUGAUGUCCACGCUACUUGGUAUUUCAUUUCCAGUUAAUUCAGUUGGUGUUUUACCCAUUGUCUACCUUGAUGGCACCGAUAUGUUCAAAGCCAAAGCAGCAUUUGGCAACGCUAAAGGGAUUUUGUCUCAGUAUAUUGUCAAAACAGCUCAAAAACGAACUACUGAGCUCAUUUUUAAGCCAUUCAAGCCAUUGGCACAAUACCAAGACAUUGUCAGCAAAAUUCAAGCACUCAUUGAUCUAGAAAAGUUUGAAGAGGCUGAACGCGAAAGUAUUCGUCUUAUUCAAGUGUGUAUUGAUGGGCUACGUUACUAUCAAACAUAUGAUUGGCUUUUUUUGCGGUCAAUCAUCUCGUUUGGAUAUGUUGGAUGGAUUGUAUACAGCACUAUUUUUGUGCUACGCAUGUAUGUUUUGGAGGAUUCAAAGCGAUCACGCGGAAUAUCAAUAUCGUCUAAAACGGUUACUUUUUUGAGCUGGGUGGUAUUGACUGGGUUUUCGGUUUUGCUUUUUUUGAAACAAUCUCCAUUGGCAUACUACAUCUAUGUUGCAUUUCCAAUUUAUUUUUGGAGCGAAUCAUUUAAACAGCGUGAUUUGGUUACAUCCAUUAUUCGUACACCAUGGUCGCAAAACCGCACCAAUGUGCUGGGCCACAUCAUCGUCUAUACUGUCAUUCUUGAAAUAUUAGUUUAUACCUAUUUCCGACGCGAAGUAUUGAGUAUAUGCUUGAUUGCAGUUGGAAUAGUAUGGCCGAUUAUGAUGCCCGCAGGGUUUAAAAAAAGACAUGGCAAGCUUGUUCUUGCGUGGCGUAUAGCAUCUAUUUGCACAAGUGUGUUUACUCUACUGCCAGUGGAAGUGGAACAAGAUAUUCGAUUAGUGUUGUUGGGUGGUGCUUUAGUAUUUUUGUCUGGAGUAGCUGCAUUGAAUUUGAUUCCUCAAUAUACGGCUCAUGUAAAUCACACACUUGUGUUGACUCAAAGUUUAUUUCAGCUCACUAUUUUGGGCAUUAGUUUUGCUAUUCUUGUGAGUACCACGCGAUCAUUGGAUGCAAAACAAGGCCUUCCAAUAGUAAACUCGAUCAUUAGUUGGCUAAUCAUGAUUCCCUGUGUCGCUAUUCCUAUUGUGGAUGGGGCUUUGGGAUCCCAGCAUUAUCUUCGACGCCUAGUGGUGAUAUAUCUAUCCUUUGCACCCCUCUUUACUCUUUUAAGUAUUUCGUAUGAAGUACUUUUCUUCUUCUUUUUCUCUAUAACGAUUCUUUCGUGGAUGCUGCUUGAGAAGCAACUCUAUUUUUUUGAAAACAAGAUUUAUCAAGGAACAAUGUAUGCCGAGAUAGUUCAAUCUGAAACAACAAUCAAGCAUCGACCACUACGCAUGACCGAUAUGCGGAUUGCAGGAUUCUUUCUUCUUUUUAUCAACGUGGCAUUUUUUGGCACGGGCAAUAUUGCCAGUCUAAGUUCGUUUUCGCUCGAAAGCGUAUAUCGAUUUACUACAGUGUUCAAUCCAUUUUUGAUGGCAGCACUACUUGUUCUCAAGAUUUUGAUUCCCUUUUUCCUUCUUAGUUCUGUCUUUGCAAUUCUCAGCAGAGUGCUUGAUCUUUCAAGCUUUUCACUUUUUUUGCUUGUAUUGAGUACGACGGACAUUAUGACACUCAACUUUUUCUUUUUGGUACGGGAUGACGGAAGCUGGCUGGAGAUUGGUACAACAAUCAGUCAUUUUAUCAUUGCGAGUGCGUUUAUCGUAUUUCAGAUUAUACUGUUUAGUGUGUCGCAUUUACUUGUAGGCAAUGUAUUAAUUCCUCAUGGGGUGAAUUCUAAAAAGGGAUAUUGAUCUACAAUGUUGAUGGAUGUUUCCAAGCUAAUUUCAGUGAUUUACUGUUGAAAUAAACUUUGAAAAUUGCUU